CCCGAAUAAAGAGGCACUCGGCCCGAGCAUGGUAUAACACCUCAAAAGCACGAGUGUACGACGACACGCUCGUAUUUCUCACUCACUCACUCACUCGCAUUCCCAGCUCGGUUCUCUCUCAGCCGUCCGAUCCCCGCCUCGAUCUGGCCCACCCGCCGGCGUCUGACCCAACCGUCCCUCGACGGCCAGCGGCUCAGAGGUUCCGAUCCGAAUCGCGGAUGAAGCACCCUCGGAAAAAAGGGCCGUCCGUACAAGCAAUCCUCCUCGUCUGCACGAUUUCCACCUGCCUCUGCCUCUUCCUGGCCUUCCGUUCGGUCGAGCCGGAGCUCCCGACCGAAACCAUCGAGAACCCGUUCCGGUUCGGCACUAUCCGAGAACCGGAAACGGAUCAGCAGAUUAGUCCACGUCAGCAGCAAUCUUCGUCCUGCGCGACGGUCGAAAAGAUGGGGGAGACUUUUGCAGAAGGAUCCGGAGCUGAAAGCCUCAGAGUGAGGAAGAUAAUCGAAGAUCACUUCGCGUUGCACGGCGCUCCUAGAGUCCGAGGGCUUCCUUCAGACCAGUUCUGCAGACAAGGUUUUGUGAUAGGGAAAGCCUCAGAAGCAGGGUUUGGCAAUGAAAUGUACAAGAUCUUAACUGCUUCAGCAUUAAGUGUGCUGUUGAAUCGGUCCUUGAUUAUUGGGCAAACCAGGGGCAAAUACCCUUUUGGGGAAUACAUUUCAUAUACCAAUCUUUCAUUCACAUUGAGAGAAGUCAAGCAUCUUUGGAGACAGAAUGAUUGUGAAGGCAAGUAUGGAAGGCAUCUCAUUAUGAGAACGGAUGAUUUCGAGAAGGCAUCAGAGACAAAUGUCCUUUGUAGCGAUUGGAGGAAAUGGAAGCAGCCUAUUAUAUGGUUUCAAGGCACAACAGAUGCAGUCGCAGCUCAGUUUUUCUUGAAGAAUGUACAUCCAGGAAUGAGGAAUGUGGCUUCUCUUUUAUUUGGAGAUCCAGGAGCUCUUCAGUCUAGGCCUAAUGUAUUCGGGGAGCUGAUGCGAGUCGUCGUAUCUCCUUCACAAGUUGUUGAAGAAGCUGUGAACCAGGUUCUCAAUGGUAGCGCCGGUCCUGAUGUGGCAUUGCACAUGCGCAUGCGUAUGAACAGGUCUAUAAGGGCCAUACGGGCUGCAUUGAAUUGCAUCAAGAAAGCCUUGCAUAGUUAUCAACAGAAUGAUGCAAGGCCUCAGGUGGUUUUGGUUUCAGAUACACCUUCCCUUAUUAGGGAUAUCACACCAAAUUUGACGGAAUUUGCAGAGGUCAUUCAUUUUGAUUACAAGCGGUUCAAAGGGAAUCUUUCCAGUGGGAGCACAAAUGCUGUACCACAUCAGUCAUUGAGAUGGACGGGAGAUGAUUUUAUACAUGAGGAUGGUAUGAUCAUCGUUGAAUAUAGAGGUGAUGAGACGUGGGAUAGGCAUGACGCAUCCUUGAAUUUUAGAGUGAAGGAUUGGGGACCAGCACCAAGGUGGGUUGCAUUUGUGGACUUCUUUCUAGCAUCGCGUGCAAAACAUGCCGUUGUUUCUGGGGCUCAUAGGCGCGUUGGGACAACCUAUGCUCAACUAAUUGCAGCAUUGGCAGCCGCACAUCGACUUGGUGAAGAUUCUUCUACAGAUUCGAGGUUUUCAUUCUUGAGCAGCUUCCAAAGUAAUUUAUUAGUAGAUGGUUUGGGGAAUCAGAUUGGAUGGGGGCAUGUCUGGAACCGAUUUGCGGGUCCAUUGAGUUGUCGUCAUCAGGCCCACCAGUGCGCAUUCACGCCACUUCUUCCACCAGCCUGGUGGGAUGGCAUUUGGCAAUCACCUAUUUCACGGGAUGUUCGUAGGCUGCAGGCAUAUGGGAUCCACCUAACAGAUUCUGGUGAAGUGGUUGGAACUCAUCUUGAUUCCUUUUGUAGAGCCAAGAAGGAUAUUGUAAAAAUCGCUCCUGUCUACCGCCAUUAGUUAUUUGACUAACUGCUCCGUAUACCAUGAGAUGGGAGGAUUCCUGGAAUGCUUGCUGGGACAUGCACAGACAUGGUUCUAUAUCAUUUUUUAUGGGAUUCACCCAACAUUGGCAUGACAAUGGCAAUGGAAGAGAGACAAACCUGAUCUAGCAUAUGUAAUCAAGCAUUGGGAUUAGUCCAUUGGUAAUCCAUCAGGUGGCCCAGCGAUCAUCCCUCCUUAUAAGAGCCUUGGCUCCUUUUUCGAUCAAUUUGAGAGUGGGACCCAAAAUCAGCAGUCUGCCCAUGCUUUCUGUGCGCUCCUUGAAUUGUUCUCUCCUACAAAGUCAUCGGUACACCUUUUUGAUGCUCUUCUGUAAUAUUCCUCUUAUUAAUACUAUUCAUUUGAUUUUUUCA